AUGUAAUCAAGUUAAGGACUACCAAAGACAAGUGCUUCAAACGGUAUGAAGCCUGUUACCACUGGAGAUCAAAUUGAAUUAGAUCACGCGAUAGGAUUUAGUGGUAAAGUAGUCAACGGUGUUUAUCUUCACCCAAAUGCCAAAGACUAUGUCCUAAUAGCUGGAUGCAGUGUAGUAGUUGGAGAUUUAAGCGAUCCUCAUAAUUAGAAUUUUCUUACAGCUCAUGAUGAUUAAAUUACCUGCCUUGCUGUAGCUCAUAACGGAACAAUGGUUGCCUCAGGAUAAAGAGGUGAUAAUGCAGACAUUGUACUUUGGGACUUUGCUUCUAAGAGAGCUUUAUUUAGAUUAUCAGAACAUGAUUAUGAAGUAACGCAUUUAGAUUUUUCUCAUGAUGACAGACUUCUAAUUUCAACAGGAAAUUAACUUGAUGGAAAGAUGUUUAUUUGGAACACUCUUAAUGGAUUUAUCGUGUCAUCCGUUUAAGUUAUCCCCACUAUUUUUGCUGAAGCCCCAAGAUGUGUAAGCUGGGGAGGUUAUGUUAAAGAUAUCAAGUUAAGACCAACAAAUAAGUAUCAGUUUGCAAUGAGUGGAUCAAAGAAACUAGUCCUUUCUCAAUUAGAUCCAGCCACUGGUUAGGUCGCUAACGAUCUUGUUAAUACUGGUGCUUUUCUGAGAGAAUACUCAUGCCUUGCAUUCAGUAAGCCUGCUGAAGAAUUUUUAUAUGCUGGUUCCAUGUCAGGAGAUUUCUGCUGUUUCCAAGUUAAGAAUAAGCUUUUGGUCUUUACCUAAAAUGUCUGUGCCUAAGGUAUUAAAUGCAUUCAGGCAGUGACAACUGAUAAGAUAUGCGUUGGAGGUGGUGAUGGACAAAUCGUUCUCUUCCAUGUCGACUAAAAUUUCUGUCAAGCUCUCCUCAAGACUCAGGUCUUCGGUUCAAUUCAUGGUCUUUCAUCAAGUUAAGACGGUAUUUAACUUCUAACUGCGACAGAUAAAGGUUUUAUCUUUAGACUUAGAGUAAGUGAUUUCUCUAAGAUGCUCUUGUGUGAGAAUCAUACCGAACCAGUCCUAGAUGUUGCAUAUAUGAAUGGAGUUUCUGAUAAAUUUGCUACUUGCUCUGAGGAUGGUACUAUUAGACUUUGGGACAGUAAUGAUUACUCAGUUAUUGCAAGAUGCUCAGUUGUAACUGCUGCUGGAGUUUUCCCAAAUUGCUCUACUUUUACAGAUGAAGUAAUCAUUUCAGGAUGGAAUGAUGGUAAAAUUAGAUCAUUCAGAGUUGAAGGAUCUACACCUUUAUGGCAAAUAGAUAAUGCCCACAAGAACGGAGUUACUGCUAUUUGCUUGAGUUUUAAUUCUAAAUUUAUAUGCUCUGGUGGUAAUGAAGGAGAAUGUAGAGUUUGGGAGAUCAGAUCAAGAGAAUUAGUGUCGCAUUUGAAGGAACACACCAGUAAAGUAACUAAAGUGCAAGUCUUCCCCGAUGAUAUUCAUCUCUUAACAUGCGCAAGAGACAAGGCUAUCCUCUGUUGGGACUUGAAAAACGAAAAGAGAGUUGCGAAUCAAACUCAAAGAAUGGGAGGUGUAAACUGCUUCAGUAUUUCACCUACUGAUAAUAACAAAUUUAUGAGUGUUGGUUAAGAAAGAAAAAUUACAUACUGGGACCUAAGAAAAACUCAGCCAGAAAUUAUUCUAGAGAGCAGCCCAUACAGAGGUGAAUCAGAUGAACUUAUGUCUGUUUGUAUCUCAAAUAACAACAAAUACUUCGUCACUGGAGGCUAAUUAGGUAUAGUUAGAAUUUAUGACUAUGGCAGUGGUGCCUUUAUUACCGAGUGCAGGGCUCAUUCUAAUGCUAUCACCUCUGUUAGAUUCUCACCUGAUGACAAAUAGAUCGUUAGUACUGGUAGAGAUGGACUUAUAGCCGUAUGGAACUAUUUCCUAUGA